AUGGUUCAGAUCAAAGCCAACCUGCUCCUCCUCCUUCUCGCUGGCUCUGCCCUGGCCACCCCACUCAAACCUAUGCCCAAACCCGACAGCCCAGCUAUACCCGAAACCCACAGCGGCCCAUCUAACCACCAGACCCAUCACAACCCUGCUCAACCCGCUAAGCAAGGUAAACGUAAGGGUAAAAGUAAACAGCCACAACAAAAUCAAGGCAGAACUCUCCAAUGCACAGUGGAUGGAAAGACGAUCAAAAUCCCCGAGAAUGCCGCCAAGGAGAUUGCCAAAAAAGCUCCCUCUGGCACUCAGUUCCUCAAAGAUCCAGAAACCCGCAAGUCAAAGCAUCGCACCCCUACCAACUACCCGCAUCAUUACGGUAAUGGCGAGGAACUUAAAUGGGACAACCAAGCUUGCAACUCGAAGAAUGUGAAGACCCAGCUGCUUGAAUUUCCGUUGCUUGAGGACAGCCCUACAGAAUUGUAUGACUGGAAUCCUUCCAAAGGAAAAGAGACCAAAGGCAAAAAUGACAAAAGGAAGAUUACGAAGGAGACGGGGCAUCCAUGCCGCGUUGUUUACAGCGCCACAGAUGGUCAUUAUUGCGGUGUCAUGUGCCACCCUUCCAUGGAUCCUGAAAAGGAUAGUUCAGUGUUCAAAAAGUGUUCUUGA